UGUACAUGUAGAAGAUAUCUUCGGUCAUAUCUUGCCACCCUUUCUUCAAUUAAGUAUUAACAGGAAAGCGGAGGUCUAAGAUUCAUAAUAUGGAAUCGGAACAACGACUGACUUACUGCGCUUUCUCGGUAAGAUCAACAGGCCAUUAUUGAGUCAGACGCUAGAGGGCGCUUAAACAUCCAAAUUGUGAGGUUACCAUAAGCAAUAAACACCCCACCGCGCCAAAUAAUUACAUAAAAUAUUAAAGGAUGGAUUCAAUGCCCAGUAGGAUGUGUCCUACUACGUGUUUAUUUCCUUGCACAAGCACUAGGUUUCAGUGUCAAUUUUAAUGAACAUUAUUACUCUCUUAUUAAAUAGCCUACAGGUAUGUCUAUGCUUUGAAUAACACGGUGCGAUUUAUUAAGAUAUGACGAAUAAUUAAAUAGCACGAUACGUGACGCUUUAAGUACGGAGUACAAUUAAUCUUUCAGGUUUUGCAUUUACAAUAUGGUAAUUAUAUCCUCCCACAGUUUACUGCCACUUUGGUGAUGCUGCUGACCCGCGGGAGCAUCGCCGUUUCCAUCAAGAAGUUCUGUCCUUUUUUUUCUCUCCAUGAACACACCCGCCCACUAGAAUCACAGAGCGUUUUUGCAGACCCAGAGUAACAGGAGAGAGAGAGCACGCAAGCCAAUGACCAUGGACCACUGACGCAAGGAGACCGCCUGCGGGCAGUCGGGCAGACCAUUGCUGCCCGACGCACUCCGUGGGAGCAUCCUCACGCAACAGUAUGCAGCGGGACCGGGAUACGCCAUACCGGGCGUGACACGCUUCGCGUUAGUUCUGUCGAAUAAGUUUGUGAAGAUGGGACGCUUCGUCUCCAGAGUUUUGUUUAGUAGAAAGAAGGACUCGAACAGAAACAGGUGAUGGGGCCCUGAGGCUGGGCGGGACGUGAGCUGGCAGCUGGCAGCGAGCCGCCGCGGGCACCAUGGUUUACGGGCAGAUCCUCCACACCAGUGGGACCGAGGAGGAGGGGGGCUCCCUCAACCUCAACGUGGGGGGGUUCAAGCAGAAGGUGGAGCGCAGCACCCUGCUCCGCUUCCCCCAGACCCGGCUGGGCCGGCUGCUGAGCUGCCGGUCCGAGGAGGCCAUCCUGGAGCUGUGCGACGACUACGGCCGCGCCGAGCGGGAGUACUACUUCGACCGGAACCCGCGCUUCUUCCGCUACGUCCUCAACUUCUACCACACGGGCAAGAUCCACCUGAUGGAGGAGCUGUGCAUCAUCUCCUUCAGCCAGGAGAUAGAGUACUGGGGCAUCAAGGAGCUGUACCUGGACUCCUGCUGCAGCAAUAAGUUCCAGGAGCUGCUGGAGUACGCCGGGGAGAGGGACUGGGACCGCCGGAGCGACGACCAGCAGCAGCAGCCCAGCUUCGACUCCUCCAUCGAGGAGCUCUCGACCCUGGACAAGGACCUGGAGAAGUUCGAGGGCGCCUGGUGCUCGGAGGUGCGCAAGAGCAUCUGGCUGCGCCUGGAGAACCCGGGCUACUCGCGCUCGGCCAAGCUGCUGGCGGUGGCCUCGCUGGCCGUGGUGCUCACCUCCAUCGUGGCCAUGUGCGUGCACAGCAUGCCCGAGUUCCAGCAGGUGGACGCCAACGAAAAGGAGGUGGAGGACCCGGUGCUGGCCGUCUUCGAGACCAUCUGCGUGGCCUGCUUCUCCGCCGAGUUCGCCGUCCGCCUCUCCGUCACGCCCUGCGUGCGGAAGUUCCUCUCCAGCCCGCUCAACGUCAUCGACUUCGUCUCCAUCCUGCCCUUCUACGCCACGCUGGCCUUCGAGACCAUGGACGAGGAGAACGAGGACCUGGAGAACGUGGGCAAGGUGGUGCAGAUCCUGCGGCUGAUGCGCAUCUUCCGCAUCCUCAAGCUGGCCCGCCACUCCGUGGGCCUGCGGUCGCUGGGGGCCACGCUCCGCCACAGCUACCACGAGGUGGGCCUCCUCAUCCUCUUCCUCUCCGUGGGCAUCUCCAUCUUCUCCGUCCUCAUCUACUUCGUGGAGAAGGAGUCGGAGGAGUCGGAGCUCCAGACCAUCCCCGUGGGCUGGUGGUGGGCCACCAUCAGCAUGACCACCGUCGGGUACGGGGACACGUACCCCGUCACGCUGGCGGGGAAGCUCAUCGGGACGCUGUGCAUCAUCUGCGGCCUGCUGGUGGUGGCCCUGCCCAUCACCAUCAUCUUCAACAAGUUCUCCAAGUACUACCAGCGGCACAAGGCCAUGGACGCCGACCAGGGCGACGACGACGGCGACGGCGGCGGCGGCGACGUGGGCGGCCGCGACCCCGAUCUUCCGUACUUCAACGUGCGGGACCUGUACGCCCACCGGAUGCACUCCUUCCUCGCCAGCCUCUCGUCCGGCGGCGGUGGCGACAGCGGGGACGACGACACUGACGCCUCCAGCAUCCGCGACGCGGAGGCGGCGUGCGGCGGGGCGGCGACCGCGCCUUGCCGCCAGGGCACCGGGUGA